AAUGAUCAGUGUGUCAGUCAACCCGCAAACUGCCGAGAUCUUCAGGGCAUAGCUACUAAGAUCACCUCUUUGUAGCCUUCGGAGCAUUCACCACAGUAGGAUAUGAUACACAUUACAGAACUUGGAAAAAGGAUGCAAAUCCCGCAAAAAUCCGAUCUGAUCUGAUCUUGUUGUGCCCCGCCCUCCGGAAACCGGAAUGCGUACCUAGCGCCAGAUGGAUGGAAGCGGCCGCAAAAACGGCGUGGAGGCGGCCAUCGCACCGGGAUUUAAGGUGGAUACCAGGUCCGGUACCUCCGGCCGCUAACAGCGGUUGGGCGCAGUUGCACCAGCGGCGGAAGCUCCGCCUUGGCAGCUAAGACAAGUUGCCGCCGCCGGCUCGGGAUCCACCAAGAACCCGCCCCGAAUGCGACCGUCUUCCUGCUGGCUGGGUAUAAACGACUCCACUUGCUUGCGACGACGACGAGGCGUGGAUUACAUCACUCUGGAUAUACAUCAAGACUUCACAGUUUCAGCAUUGCUUUUGACGUCGUGACGUUGAACUAGAGUUCAGCUGCCAACUGCAAUUCACUCAACCGGUCUCAUCUCAUCAGCUUACACCACAUCUCACCAUCAACCAGCACACUACAACCCCCUUGAGCAACAUGACAGCAGAAGAGAUCCUCAACGACAACACCAAACCCCCAUCCCCCUUCCCCCUCGAGAAACCCCCAACCCACCACCAUUCUAACCACCACGCCGCGAAACCAACCCCCCAAAUCAUCGCCCACCGCGGCUACAAAGCCCUCUACCCAGAAAACUCCAUGCUUGCCAUCCAAGAAGCCAUAAAAGCAGGCGCCCACGCCAUCGAGACAGACGUUCACGAAUCAAAAGAUGGAGUCGUAGUUCUAUCCCACGAUCCAACCCUAAACCGCUGCUUCUCCCUCCCCCAAAAUCUCCACCUGCACCUGGCCCUACCUCUCCACCCUCCGUACCACCACCCCCCCUCACGUCCCCUUGGCUCGCCUCUCCGAUUUGUUAAACUACCUCUCAACCCCCGAUCUGUCCCACAUUUGGACAUCAAAACAGACGACGACCCCAACCUCACACUUGUGCCCUCCAUCGCAGCCACUAUCGGCUCGAACCCACCGCCAGAAGGAGCCUCCUGGACGUGGCAGGAGAGGAUUGUGCUUGGGGGGUGGAAUGAGAAUUACUUGAGGGCGUUGGGGGAGGAGCUCCCUGGUUUCAGGAGGGCGUAUAUUGGCUUCUCGCUGCUGUACGCAAAGAGGUUUUUGGAUGAUGAGAAAUGGGCGGGGGUGCAGUUUAAUCUGUUGCAGCAGGCGGUUGUGGGGCCGGUUGGGAGGGAAUUUGUGCAGAGGGUGAGAAGGGCGAGGACGGAGAGGAGGUUGUGGGUCUGGACGGUGAAUGAUGAACGGUGGAUGAGGUGGGCGUGGAGGAAGGGGGUGGAUGGGGUUGUGACGGAUGAGGUUGGGUUGUUGAGGAGGGUGCUGGAUGGGGAUGAGGACAGGGGGAGGGGGAAGGGGGUGACGGUGGGGAUGUAUAUCAAGGCGGCGAUGAUACAGGCUUUGACGUUGGUUUUGGUGGUGGUUAUAUGGGGAAGGUUGAGGAAGGUGGGGAGGGUAAUUGGGGGGGAGGGGAAGAGGGAGCAGGCGAAGGGGAAGAAUUGA